AUAUUAGAGGGCUGUUUUUUUUUUUUUUUUAAAAAAAAAAAAAAGAACUUCCACUUGAUACACCUUGUUCUUCAAAUUACAUAUCUCUGCUCUUUUGUGAAGAUGUAUUUGUCUCCUAAUUAACUAAAAACCAGAAAAGCAUUGAAGUGCAGCUACCAAAAUGUCUUCUACAACAACCUUUGUACAUCGACCACUACAAGUUUCCCACCGUCAAUUUCCUAGACUUAAUAGAUGUUCCACCUUAAAAUUGGAUUUCCAUAGCAAAUUUUUCUGCAAAAAAUCCAUCUCUCAUUCUACACGAUACGCAAUUCCCCUUAUUAUGGAUUCCAUGAAGAAUCGAGCUGCCACCGGCGAUGAAGGUAUCAGUCAUGGAGGUUUAGAACAAGAAGGUCUCAUUGAUGGGUCCAUGAAUUUUUCUUCUGGUGGAAUUCAGACUAUUCUCAACAGCCUGAGUAAGUGGCUGAUGGCUGCAGUUUUCGGUAUUAUCUUCCUCUGGAGGCAUGAUAUGGAAGUACUAUGGGUUACAUCAGGUGGUGCUCUCAAUGAUCUUCUCUCAACUGCACUGAAGGGGAUACUUAACCACGAACGCCCUGUUCCAACAUUAAGAUCAGACCCUGGGAUGCCUUCUUCACAUGCGCAGUCGAUCUUCUACACUAUGGCAUUCUGUAUCAUCUCAAUGAAAGAGUAUUUCGGGUUGAAUGGAAUAACUGCAGUCAGUAGUGCGCUUAUCUUUGCGAUGUGCUCAUACUUCUCAUGGCUACGGGUUUCACAAGGACUUCACACGUUAAGCCAAGUAGCAGUGGGUGCAGUACUAGGAUUCUGUUUUUCCAUUUUCUGGUUCUGGCUGUGGGAUGCCAUAGUCAUGAAGGCAUUUAUAGCUCACUUUUGGGUUCAGAUUGUAGCUGUUGUUGGUGCUGCUGGUUUUAUUGUCGGUUAUCUCCUAUACGUGAUUCGAAACUCGAUCAAUGACGACUAAUAUUGAUAAUUUACAGUGUAGUGUGGGUACAAAAAAACAUACAGAACAUAGAUUAUUAUUCAUAUAGUAACUGACAAUAAUUAAGGAGUACAAAAGCACAAUUUCUUCUCAAAA